CUAACAUACGUACACUUGUGAUUGUGUGUAUAUACAAUAUGUAUGGAUAUACUUUUUAGUCUUUUUCUAAAAGGGCACUGAAUCAACCACUGGCUGACCUCCAAUUCAAUGUACAUACACACACACACACAUAUAUAUAUAUAGAUUCAAUAUUUAUAUUGUGUAUAUACACGUAUAUGAAACCGAUGAUGCAGGGCAAAGCGUGAUUUGAUGAUCUUGAAAGUCUCAUUUUGCUUUUGCUUCUCUCCGUUUCUGUAUUUAACUUCAUAAUUUCCUAUACACCCAUCUAUCUUCUUCCCUAUCUAACACCACUGCAGAGAGAGAGAGAGAGAGAGAGAGAGAGAGAGAGAGAGAGAGAGAGAGAGGGAGGUCACUUUCUCUGCUCACUCGUCUCAAGAAUCUGGGUUUUGGGAUUUUAUUGAAUCUCUUUCCAUUUCUUGAAAUGGUCCAAUCUCCGUAGUGUUCCCUUUUGAUCUCUCUGGGCACUGAAAGAUAUAAAAAACUAUACAAAGAUGGAAGUUUUCGCAACGAAGACAAGAUGGGUCUGCAGCAAUAACAUCACCCAAGUUGUUCAUAUUCUUCUUCUUCUUCUUCUUCUUCUUCUUCUUAGUCUCUUUGUGAACCCGAGGGUUACUUGUGUCUACGCCGUGAACUACACAAAGUACAGACAAGUUAGCAGUUUGAGACUCGAGAGGAUCCAUGAGCACUUGAACAACAUCAACAAGCCUCCUGUCCUAACCAUUCAGAGUGCGGAUGGAGACAUUAUAGAUUGUGUGCAUAAGAGAAAGCAACCUGCUUUCGAUCACCCUCUCUUACACCAUCACAAGAUUCAGAAAGCGCCGUCAAAAAUGCCGAAGAUGAGAGAGAAGGAGAGACGAGCUAACGUAACGGAAGGUGCAUGGCAAAUGUGGCACGUGAACGUGACAAGGUGUCCGAAGGGUACUGUUCCCAUACGACGCAGCACACUGCAUGAUGUUCUCAGAGCCAACUCUUUGUUUGACUUUGGCAAGAAGUCCCGUAGAGUUGACCUUAAUCGACGGUCACAAAUCUCCGACGUCAUCGGCACCAACGGACAUGAGCAUGCGAUCGCGUACACGGAUACGACGGAGGAGAUAUACGGAGCGAAGGCCACUAUGAAUGUGUGGGACCCAUCGAUACAGGAAGUGAAUGAGUUCAGUCUCUCUCAGAUUUGGCUUCUGUCCGGAUCUUUCGACGGUUCCGAUCUCAAUAGCGUCGAAGCUGGUUGGCAGGUCAGUCCGGAGCUGUACGGUGACAGCAGGCCUAGACUGUUCACCUAUUGGACGAGUGAUUCAUAUCAAGCAACAGGGUGCUACAAUCUUCUGUGCGCUGGAUUUGUACAAACUAAUGACAGAAUUGCCAUUGGAGCUGCCAUUUCUCCCGUCUCUACCUUCAAAGGCAGCCAAUUCGACAUCUCCAUCCUCAUUUUUAAGGAUCCAAAGCAAGGGAACUGGUGGUUAGGCUUUGGAGACAACACAUUGGUAGGUUACUGGCCCUCGGAGCUAUUCACGCACUUAAGCGACCACGCCACGAUGGUCGAGUGGGGCGGAGAGGUCGUGAACUCACGAGCCGCCGGGAGGCACACCACCACCCAGAUGGGCUCCGGUCGCUUCGCCGACCAAGGCUUCGGCCAAGCCUCUUACUUCCGAGACCUCGAGAUCGUCGAUCCCGACAACGCCCUCGUCCCUGUCCGAGACAUCAAGACUGUGGCCGAGAACACAGACUGUUACAGCAUCGAGAGCUUUCACAGCAAUGAGUGGGGCACUUACUUUUACUAUGGUGGACCCGGGUUUAACCCUAGGUGCACUUAGACCAAAAGAGAUUUUCUACUUGGAAUUGUCAUUAGAUGUGUGUAGAUAUUUUGGGUAGAAGAAUGAGAAAGGGCGAAUGUUAACGUGACAUUGAAACGUCUGCAGAAAUUCAGGAUUUAAUGAGAACCACAUUUAUUGGUUCGAA